AUGAAGACAACGGAGUGCGUGGUUCCACUCCUCUCCCUAAUUCAGAUUAGCUCUGCCAAACGACAUCAGCUGUCAGUGACCGAAUGUUUCAUCCCAACUCGUUAUAUUCUAGCUGCUUUGUCUUUUGCGGCAGUGACUUUGCAGUAUUCCAUGAAAGUGAAUGUGUCAGAGGUCCUUCCAGAUAUGACAUGUAAUGAACAUAAAAAUAAUCCGAAGUGCUUAAAUUGGACCCAGAUACAGCUGGCCGGCGGGCUGCUGGCGCGGCGGGCGGGCGCGCGCGGGCUGGUGGGCGGCGCCGUGCUGCUGACGGCGCUGCUGGGCCUCGCGCUGCCCGCCGCCGCCGCGCGCCACCUCGCCGCCUUCCUCGCCGUCCGCAUCCUACAGGGCGCCGCGUCGGGCGUGGUGAUUCCGGCCUUGCACACCACUUUCUCAAAUUGGUUCCCACCACAGGAACCCGUGUGGUUUUUGCUAUGGAUUGUGCUCAUGAGGAACCGGCCCGAGGAACAUCCCUCUAUCACCCGCAAAGAGCUGCAUUACAUCCAGGACAAAGACGCCGUUUCAAGCGCGUUUGUGUGCGAACACACUGUCAAGAGUGGUUUAUUAUCAUCUCUUCCAUAUUUAUGUGCAUGGCUUGGAGGUAUUGGUUCAGGACUGCUGUCGCAAGUAUUGCGAAGAGUUGGGCUAUUGUCUCAUAUGGCUGCGUACAGGAUCUUCAACGGAAUAACGGCUUUGGGUCCUGCUACUGCUCUUCUGGCCCUUACGUUCGUGAUUUCAGACAAUAGUCAUUCCUGUGAAUCCACGCGAAUUCCUGUUAUUGGACUCUUCUGCUUAACUAUGUUAGCCAGCAGCUGCUUGUAUGGAGGAAGUUACUUGAAUCAUGUUGAUCUUGCUCCUAACUUUGUUGGCGCUUUAUCAGGAUUUGGACACACCAUAGUCAACUUGUCUGGUAUAUUAACUCCGAUUGUAGCUGGUUUGCUUACGCCAAAUAAUGAUGUUAAAGAGUGGCAUAAUGUGUUCUACUUGGCAGUAGGAAUCACUGUGACAACAUAUAUUUUUUACCUCUUUGCUGGGUCAGUGGAGGAGCAGCCAUGGAACAAACGUUCAGAAGAGUUUAAUGAGAAACAAAGAAAAGUAAUUGAAAAAUAUUAACGCUAAUUUGCGUGCAUGGCCUGAAGAAAUUUGAAAUGAUCACUUUCAGUUCAAUUCUUCCAAUAUUAAAAAUGAUAGCCGAAGAAUGUAUUUAUAAUAAAUUAUAAAAGUUGGUAAUAAAUAUUACAUUUUUGCAUGUCUAAACAAUGAAUCCUAAAAGUAUCCUAAGAGUUAUAUUGAAAUUGAAUUUGUAUGUGAAUAGGAAUUUAGUAGCGAAACAAUAGUACAUGAAGCAGGGGUGGAUCCAUGCACGAAUUUUGGGAGUGUAAAUUCAAAAUGUUUUCGUAGAAAAUAUCAUAUUACAGAUUUUGUCAAAUGUCGCAGGCUAUUCUCAGGUCAUGCAGUGAUACAAUUCCAACCGUUUUAAUGAUAAUCCGAAAAUAUUUUUGCUUGAAAGUCUGGUGACAAGAUAAAAUCAAUAGUUACAGAAUAUAUCUAGAGGGAGGGGAGAAAAUUUUCCUCAUUUCCAAAUUUCUAAAAUAUUUCAAAAAUUAUUCAUGAUAUUUCUCGUGCUGCAACAGGUAUUCUGGAUUUUCUUUUCUUGAGAGGGAGUUAAAUAUUUUAUUGAAAAGAACUGAGAAUUGUGUUACUAUUAUUUGGCAGUUGAUUUGCAAUUGUAGGGAAAUGUUUAUUUACUUUCUGUGACUAAAUAUUGAAGGAAUAAUGAUAUAUGAAAUUUAAAAACAACUAAAGAAAUUAAGUAUUAGAGCAAGGAAUCGGAUAUUGUGUCAGGAAUUGACUAAAAGAAUAUCUGGGAUAUGCAUAGAGUAUGAAUAUCAGAAAACUAAGAGAGGCCAUCCAUGAAUCAUGUAAUACAAAAUUUGGAGUACUUUGAAUAUCUUUUCUAUCUCUCCUGUAAUGCAGUUGCAACUUGUGCACUCUAAAUUAUUAUGUAAUGCUUCUACCAUUUACAGUGAGUAAAAGUAAAUUAUAUAACAAUAAAAACAAUUUGUAUUU